CUGCACAGUCCUCAGUGUGCCUGGGGCAUAUGGCACUCCCUCUUAUGCCCGCCCCCUCUGGACAGCCCUCCCACCCCUCCUCCCUCCAGUGGGGAUUUGUCUCUCCCAGGCAGAGCCUCUGGUUUGUAAUCAGAUGACAGGAGCCGAUAAUCUGACACUGCCAUUGCUCUGCUUUGUUCACUUCUUCACAAAGUAAGGGAGAAGGAGGAGGAGGAGAAGAGUGGAUAGGAGAGAGGGAGGAGGGGGAAGAGGGACCGAGGUGGGAGCUUUCCGGUCAGUUGGAGAGAAGAGGGGAUAGUGGGAAGGUCUUUCAUCAUGACAGAGGGAAAGCGUCCUGCGUCUGAAAUCUAUGCCACCAGGAACCAUCUUCGUUCUGCUGGAGCAGAGAUGGAGGAUGACCGUGAGCAUCCCAUUAUCUCCUUAUCUAAGAGUUUCACAGACAUGGCGAGUGGACCUCCUCAAAGAAUGGAGCUAGCCUGGUGCUGGCAGAACAUUCGCAAAAGUGCCAGCAGUGCAGUGUGCCCUCAGAGGCCUGCCAGCAUGGGGGGACCAGUCAGAGAUGUGCAGGCUACUUUAGAAUUUGAGCAAGGUAGUACUUAUAGUGGCAAUAGCACCCCGGAGACAGUCAUCUGGCACGGAGGAACUACAAGACCUUGGAGCAUCACAGAAGAUUCACCUGCAAGAACGACACCAACACAGGAGCAUUUCCUUGGACGGCAGCGGGCCUAUACUAGUGAAAGGUGCACUCCAUGUUCCCCAGCCAUGCACAGGGACUUAAGGAUGGAGUGUCUGGAGGGCAGGGAGACAUGCUGCCAACAUAGUAGAAUGGCUGGGGAGAACCUUAAAGCCUGUAACUGUUCCAGAAUGGUCUGCGGCAUGAUGUCUCCUGCUCUGAGCUCCAGACCCUGUCUGAGAAGUGCACACAGUCUUGCACAGCAAGGAGUAGAUGCAGAGGUUUGCACUUUCAAAGGUGAUGGCCACCAUUUACCUGGGAGCAACACAUGCAGGGCUGCUUGUGUUAGCAAUGCACUGAAUGCGGGCUCCUUGGGAAAUUCUUGCACUGUUGUACCUUGUCCUGGACAUUUGAUAUCUCUGCCAGCCUGUGGAGGAAGUCCUUGUCCAGGCCAGAGAUCUCUACUCCAUUCAAACUUGCUUGGUUUCCCACCGCUGGUGUCUUCAGUCAGCGAGACAGGACUAAAUAACCGGGCUGCAGGUCACUGCUGUGGAUCUGAACUAGGCGGGAAGAACCCCUCAGCUCUUAAAAUAGACCACUCCAGCCAGUCUGGGUUUUGCCAUCGGACAAUGAGAGAUGCCUCCACUAUGACAUCAGAGCAUGACUUUAAAGAAGUUGGUGUGCAAACCAUGUCUAGCUCACCUGUUUCUCAUCUCUCCGACAUGUUCACUGGGAUUAGUUUGACUGAUGGUCCUAGUUCAGAUAUUUUUCCAACAGCAGAGGAUGCAGGGACAAAGACCCCCAUCAAGGAGGUGGAAUGGGACGCAGAGGGAAUGACAUGGGAGGUAUAUGGAGCAUCUUUGGAUCCAGAGGAGCUCGGCCUGGCCAUCCAGCGUCACCUAGAGCUGCAGAUCAAAGAGACCGCUGAGGCAGCUGCUGCCGAAAAGAAGACAUCAGUGGAAAACGAUUGUGGGUCAAGACAACAGAGCAAGAAACGGAAAGGUGGAAGUGUGGUACAAUCUCUGCGCAGACCGGCGUGCUGCUCUCGCUCCAGUACUGUGGAGGACUAAGAUCUAAGAAGAAGAUGAAGAACACUAAAAGUGUAGUUGACCUCUAACACCUGUAAAUGGCCUUCUUUAAAUCCCAAGCACUUCUCUUGCCAACAUAUUGGAUGCAGAGUUUAUUAUAGAAAAACAAGCAGAAUCAGUAGUUUGCAGUUUGGCUCUACCUUAACCAAGGACUUCUCUUAAAAGAUAUCUGAGAAAUUUGAGGGCUUUGCUGUCCUACAUGGAGGUAAGAGUUAGAUCCUGAUUCUGGACUCUUACACUCAGGGACAACUUCAGGCAAUACAUGACGCUAACACACACCAACACAGACAUGCCCACGCACAUUCCAAAUGUACACACUGUGCCAAAUUCAACUGAUGAAGUGAAAUUGAAUGUUGUAAAGAGAUGAAGAAAUGAAUGUGAAGAUGUCUAUACCUUAAUAUAUACAGUAUUGUGCAAAGAUGUUAGGUACAUGCAGUACAAUGCUUACUUGCAUGCUUGCUGUACCUUAAAAAGCAAUGAGCUGCAUAGGUAUUAAUAACUUCCUAGUAAACUGCAGUAAACGAAUAAACCUAAAUUAAAUCAAAACAUUUGCUUUAAAAACUUUCUCAGUCAUUCUGCUAUUUCAGUUAUUUAAGCUAGUAUAUUAUCUCUUGCUUCAGUUUUUGCAUGGAGGGUUCUAUGGGGGAGAAUCAUCUGCUAUUUAUGGCUGUUUAUUUAAGGUCACUGUCGUGGUGGAGAAUAAAUCUGGGUCCAAUCAGAGACCUGCCUGAUGGAGCUGCAUGAUACAUAACAAUCUGUCUGAAUCCUGAAUGCAGCUCCAAACAGCUCCUUCUGCACUGUGAUUGUCCUCAACUUUGGAAACACCUGUUUGCUGUAAAAUGUCUGCUUGAGUGAGAUCUUGCUCAAGAAUGAUGAUCAACUUAUAAUUUGAUGCCACAUUCAUUUUUGCCAUGAUGUAAAAUUUUAAGGCUUAACUGCUACAAUGUGCCACAGUCAUGGUUGCUCCCCGCAACAAAAAAAAUCCCAAUCUAGUUUAAUUUCCUUUCUGCUAAAGGAAUGUUUGGAAAUCUAAACUAUGUUGUUUCUAACUGAAACACUUUAACAGAAGACUUUAAAUAUUCUGUGCCUAAAACCUUUGCACAUUACUGUAUACACAGAAUACAGUGUACCAUUAUUUAACAGCAGUUUCAUCAAUUUAAAAAUUUCACCGACACAAACAAAACAGACACACAAAACAUGUUUAGACAAAAAUUAUAGCCACCAUCAUUACUCAUGCAGUCUCUUAAAUGCAAGAAUUCAUACCUUCAUUCCUCCUGCUCACAGCUCACUGUAUACAGCAAAUGUCUGAAAAAUAACAAUAGUUGUAUUUUAUGUCCAUUACAAUAGUUUGCCUUGUAUCUUUAAACCAAAUUAAUUACCAAAAUCAUUUUUGCUGGUAAAAUCAUGGAAAGAACAAAGACAUUAUAACACAAACACCAUCAUAUGCUAUCAUAAACCAAAUACUUACCUCUUGCUUACAUUCAACUGCAUGCUUUCAACAGAUUUCUGUAUUCUGUUCAGGGAAACUACAGUUACAGUAGUGUAGUAAUUUGCAGUAUACUGUAUAAAUAACAUUCAAGGGUUAUAUUAAAUUCAGUCAGUUAAGCUCUAAUAGAUGUUUGUUCUCAAGUAAUUUAUGCUUUUGUAUUUUUUAUUAUUUGGCCAGUAUUGUACUUAAAUAUUACUGUGGAAGUAAAACUGGCUUCCUUUUACAGUCCUGCUUGAUUUUACACAAUUGUAAAACUGAAAGCUUGCCAGCCAACAGGUGGGUUCUAGGUGGGCAUGUGAUCCGACUGGGGGAUCUACAUGUUUUGUUACUGGGAUCCAGUUGGCUUCCCAAAUGGUCCCAUUGUUUCAACCCAUCUUAUAUCACAUGGGUUCCAUUUAGGCCCAGUGUGCCGUGUACAACCCAAAUACACUCGUCCCAUCACUGACAUCCAUAUGUGGGUUAAAUAAAAAUUAAAUAAAAGUAUUUCAAUUUAAAUUGAUUAUUUUUAUAAGUAAUAGAAAAGUCUAAUCACAGAUUCUGCUACAUACCUAUAACUUAAAGGACUGUAAAAGGAAGCAUUAAAUAUAGAAUCUAUUGUGAUUCUACAUUUGACUGAUGUAAUCAGUUGAAAGUAUACAGGUGAAAGGUCACUGAAGAGACUUACUGUGUUUCUGUGAGUGAAUGUGUAUUAUGCCAGUUCUGGUCAAAUCUCCAGGCUGUUUUCACAGCUUUGUUCUUUUGCCAAAGCAAAUUCAUACUUUUUAUUUGACCACAUCAUUGUGAUUGACUGUCAAUAGAUACUAAUAAACACAUUACCGUAGAGGGCAGAAAGGUUUUGUUGUACAAUUUCUAAUAAAACAUAUAUUAGUGUAUUAAAAUGCUUCACAAUAGCUUUAUGUCUUAAUAAUGUGUGGGCAACAAUAAACUGUUCUAUA